AUGAACGUACAACAGCCUAUACUGAAGGAUCGUUUCACUAUUCAUCGACAUAUUAAUCCACAAUACGCUGAGUCAAGUGAUUCGGAGAGGCGUACGGAACAGAAACGAUGGCAGAAACAACCAACAGUGGUUGCAAAACGUAAUGCACGUGAACGUACACGCGUUCAUACAGUAAACCAGAGCUAUGAUGCUGCCAACGUUGGAGCAAUUCCUCCUCCUCCCGAAAGGCGUCACCGCCCAGCCCAUGGUUAG